GUCACCGCGUCUGCCAUUUUGAUUAGAUGUACUUCAGGCGCCUUGAGAUGGUGUGAACUGAAGCUCCGGGAUAUACUUUCGUCUUAACAGCAAUACUUAAAAGUUAGGCAAAAUGCUUUCCGCUGCGCAGUUACUCGAUGAGUUGAUGGGCCGAGACAGGAAUUUGGCCCCCGACGAGAAGCGAUGUAACGUCAAAUGGGACGACGAGAGCGUUUGUCGUUAUUAUCUGUGCGGCUUUUGUCCAGCAGAACUAUUUACGAACACACGGUCUGAUUUGGGCCCUUGUGAGAAAAUCCAUGAUGAAAAUCUUCGGAAAGUAUAUGAAAAGAGCUCACGUUUCAUGAAGGAGGGAUAUGAGCGGGACUUUCUUCGCUAUCUGCAGUCGCUGCUGGCUGAAGUGGAACGGCGAAUUCGUAGGGGCCACGCUCGCCUCGCUCUUUCCCAAGCUCAGCAGAAUGCAGGGCAAACCCCUGCUCCAGCAGGAAAGAAUGAGGAGAAGGCUCAGGUUCUGACCGAGAAGAUUGAAGAUUUAGUUGUACAGAUUGAGGAACUGGGCUCUGAAGGCCGUGUGGAAGAGGCUCAGGGAAUGAUGAAGCUGGUUGAGCAGCUCAAGGAGGAGAGGGAACUGCUUAGUUCCAACCCUUCGACUAUUGAGAGCUUUGCAGCCCAGGAGAAACAGAUGGAGGUGUGUGAGGUAUGCGGAGCCUUCCUUAUUGUGGGUGAUGCACAGUCUCGAGUGGAUGACCACUUGAUGGGGAAGCAGCAUAUGGGCUAUGCCAAGAUCAAAUCCACUGUAGAGGAGCUAAAGGAGAAACUACGACGCCGCUCAGAGGAUCCUCAAGGGGAAAGCCCAGUUGUUAAGAAAGAUCGAGAAGAGCGUGAGAAGGAAGAGCGAGAGAAGAAGCGUAAAGAGGAGGAGGAAAAGGAGAAGGAGCGAGAGAAAGAAAAGGAGAAAGAGCGGGAACGUGAGAAGGAGCGCACCAGGGAGAGGGAUAGAGACAGGGAUAGGGACAGAGAUCGGGAUCGGGACCGACGUUCACGCCGUAGCCAUUCAAACAGCCGCCACUCUAGCCGAGCAUCAGACAGGAGAAGGAGCCGGUCCCGGGAUCGUCGGAGGUCCAGGAGCAGAGACAAAGACAGGGACCAUGACCGGAGGCGCAGCAGGAGCCGGGAUCGAGAUAGAGAGAGGGAUAGGGACAGGAGACGAAGUCGGGACCGCUCUGACCGGAAGCGACGCUCCCGCAGUCGCGACAGGAGAAGGUCACGAAGCUCGGAGCGUAGAGCUCACCGCCACCGCAGCCGCAGCAGGGACCGAGACAGGGAGAGGGAUAAGGAUAAGGAAAGAGAGAGAGACAGGGAUAGAGACAGAGAGCGCUCAUCCAAAGAGAAAGAACGUAAGUCGUCGGAGGAGAAGAGCAGCAGCUCCAAGAAAGACAAGAACUCUGAAGGUGAUGCAGCUGCCGUCAAGGCUUCAACAGAAGCGGAGCCGAUGGAGACAAAGGCUGCUGCCUCAGCCUCCCCCCCGCUCCUUAAUGGCCAGCAAGAGCUCCUCCUUUCUGAAGGUGACACUCAGUCCAAUUAAAACUGAUCUGAUAGGACCUCAGAUCAGACUCAGGUAAGUGUGUCCUUCUCCUCGCCCCCCCUGACUCCCUAAACCCCUCACACACCCCCAUCCCUCCCACGCUGCCUCCUUCCCCAACCUUCUCUGCAUUCACUUUAAUGCUGAUAAUUUUUGUCUGACGUACCAUAUCCUGUUUUUGAAUAGUGCAUCAUAAGUAUGCACUGAAGAUGAAGAACUAGGCCCGAUGAAUGAGAAGAAGGUAGAAAGCAUUCACACAAAGCCAAGAGGGAAAGGCCAGUGUAGCCCUGAGCAAACAUGCCCAGAGGUACCCCUCGUUUUGUAUCGCAUUUGAUGCUUCAAGAUGUUUUUGGUCCUUGUCGACAAAAGUAGCAGGGAAAUAUUUACAUUUUUUCCUCCAAUUGGCAGUACUUAUUUGGUAACCUGUUGAGUUAGAAUUAACAAAAAUUCAAAAUGUUUCAAGCACAACGGGGUGUUUGUGCUUAUAGAAGGGACUAUUUUAUCCUAAUGCAAAAACAGAGAAAUCAUUGACUAGCAAAUACCAUGCAUUUCCUCAUUGUGCCUGAUAAUGCUUAUCAGUUUGUCUUUUUUUUUUUUUUUUUUUUGCGGGGUGGUGGUGGGGGUAGUUAUAGGAAAUGAGGGGUGGGGCGCUAACAUAACUAACUAACUGGAGGGUAGGGUUUAUGGCAUAAUUUGCAGCUGACUUCCACACCUCACAGCGAUGGUGUUGUGAGCGAGACCACAUGUGAAAAGGGCAAAUUAAAAAUCAAGGAUACUCUGACUGUCAAAGUGUGCAGGUACUCACCCCAGGUACUCCUUUCUAUACCCACAUCCUUUUGUCAAUUCUGUUGCCUGUACUCUUCACAUCAACUUGAAAGUUUUAUUGUGAACCUGUAUGUUGUUUAGCUCUCAUCAUUCAAGUAGAGGAGUGAGCGACUGCUUGAUUAACCUCGGCCGUUUAAUUGUAGUCCUCUCUGAAUCAUUUGUAUGUCACAUUGGUUGACUCUUAUAACUAUUGAGGAAAUAUCACACAGCUCUGACAGUAUAAAAUCAUUUUAAUUUUAGUGAUAUCAAACUUGGUAGACAUUCCUUGUCAGCAAUUUCAGGCAAACACUGACAAGGCAUGUCAAAGGAAAAUUGGAAUCUUUUUAUUCUGUGAUGAUACACUGUUAUUGCUGAUUCAGAAGCAGCCUUUUCUUGACAAGGUGUUUCUGGGGUUCUUUACUAACAUUCCAUUUUGUAAACAUGUUUGUCCAAUAGGGGAAUCUGAGAUAUCCAUUGGAAGAAGAACAGGAGGAGAAGACCCCAGCCUCACCUUGACCCUGUGGUGCUUCACUGCUUAUAAACAAGGUGAUCCACAUAUGCGUAGUGGCUUAUAUACAUAAAAAAAGAACAUGUGGAAAGAGGGAGGAUAAUAUUCUUUUUUUUCAUGUCUUUGUCGAUCUCAUAGUUGGAUGAGUCGUGUUUGAUAAAAAAUUGUAUUUUGGAGGACCCCUGACAUCAAUCAGUCAUCACUUGAAAUACCAAACUUUGAAGGCAGUUAACCUCCCAUCCUCCUUUUUUUUUUUUUUUUUUUUUUUUAGUCCCACUUUUCUCUGCAUUUAGUAAGAACUCUUUAAAAUAAACAAUAUUUGUGGUUCAUUUUGGUGUGUCAGGUCCUACUUCUCUUUCUGCUAUAUUUUUUAAUUGUUAAAAAUUGAUGUAAAAUGUUAGUUCAAUGACAGGGCGUGGCUGUUUUUUCCUUUCGACGUAGAUUCCAAUAAUUUUCCCAUCUUGCUGUAAAAUAUACAGAUUCUUUUUUGAUCCAGUCAUUUUGAUUGCAGACUGAAGAUGUGUUUAGGUUGGUCAGCUUCAAAUGUUAAUGUGGUCUUGCAAUAAAGGUUAAAAACUUG